AAUGUCAGUGAACAAGCUAUUUAUAAUAUAACGAUAUUAAAAAUAGUGUGUGGUUUUCCAACUGCAGUUUAACUUAGGUGAGAGCAACGGGAUCAGUGACAUGGUAGUAAGAAAGCCUUGCAGAGAAGGCAUGAAACAUUUCUGUUGAAAGGUUUUCGUUCCAGUUGUAGAUGAGCAUGGGUGUGUCGGAGUUUCGCCACCAGUUUGACACGUGGGAAGUUUAUCCACGCGUGUACCACUUCCAGAAAAGAUACAAAGAUAUUUAUAACAGGUUCUGCAAUAUAACAGGUAAAGGACCAUAUUCGUUCAUUUUCAAGAAAUCAGAUUUGUUUGACGACUUAACCAGCUUCAAAAGUAUGCUGGAAAAUCCACUACAGAUAUACGUCAUUGGCCGAGAAAAUCUUGACAAAGAUGAUUUAGUUGUAACGUCCGAACCACUUCAGCGUGCAAAGGGUGCCGCCUUGUUUCCACAGCAAGAAAGAUCAAAGAUGAUGGUCGAAGACUAUGGGAUAACACUUGUUGUAGCACACGUGCAGAUAAAAGAUGUUAAAAAGAAUGGAAAGAAGGAAGUUCUGGACACGAUACGACACUUUGCGUCCAAUCUUUGGAAAACAACACAAAUAUCUGUGGACUCAUUGCUAAUUGUAUGCCACACAAGUAUGACAUACAAAGCUGCUGCGUUUGAAGAGUUCCGUCUCGACGUUCAAGAGGAAUUGGAGAAGUCCUGUGGACUAAGCCUUAAAGCCGACCACUUCAUUUUCGGAGCGAACAGCGAGAUGGUCAGUACGAAGAUCUCAGAAAAAAUAGAAACGCAAAUCAUUGAGAAAUUCUACACGAUGAAAGAACAUUUGCAAAGCUUCGUUAGAAAUAGAAGUAACUUUAAGAUGGAGAAAAUUGACGUUGUAGAGACAGAACAACUAAUAAGUGCAAUACAGGGAUUUUUGAAAAACGGCUUAGGAUUUGUUGAUAUAUUAGAAGACAGUCAAGAUAUGGGCGAACGAUUUGAAGAAGUAGUUCUACGUCAUCUUAUGUGCAUCAUAAGAUGCGCUGUCCUGGAUCCACUGUCAUUAAAGUUUAACUUAACACAAGACACAUGUAAUCAGAUUGCUCAUGAAGUUAAAUUGGAAGAUAAAAUGAAAAGAAGUGUCUCCAAAAACACUCGAUACCACUUGAGUAAGCUACAACAACCCUGCGAAGAAAUGCGUAAGGCGAUGAAGGAGAACAACAAAUGGUAUAGGUUUCCAGGAAGAAAUUUCAUGUUUAUCGCAUAUCCAUUGCGGGACGACAUUCGACAGAACAUUUUACAGUUGGAAGAGGAUCUUGGAGUAUUGCGACGUACCGUGACUGUGAUGAAGAAGAUGAUCUUUGAAAUUAACGGGAACAUCAAGCAAUCCAUUAUCGAAGAUGAAGUUUUGAAAAAGCCUAAACGGAACAAAGCUUUAACCGAUGAAUUAAGGAAAAGAAUAUUGUCAAUUGAUGGCGUUUAUGGAACUGGAACAAUAUAUGGCGAGUGGGAAAUUCAUGUACAAAACGAAAACGCUAAAAUAUCUGUACAGGAGCUUAUGACGCACUUCAAAGUCAGACAUCCAGUUCGUGUUAGGAACGUACUUAAGGAGCCAAAGGACCUAGCAGGUGGUCAGGUGGAACAUGGUGGAGUAUUAGAGAGUGAGUGCCCUGGUGGUACAUUUCGAUCAGGUACGUUGGGUACAUUUGCAGACAGCCAUAACGACGACCUUUACGCCUUGACAUGCGGUCACGUGGUUUAUGCUGAUGAUGAUAGGGAUCAUAAUAUUUACAUAAGGAACACCUCAAACGAAAGGCAGCUGUUUGCUAAAAGCAAUCCAUCUUUGACUGUACGCAGUGGUAACCAACAACGCGCGUUAAUUGAUAUUGCAGCAGUAAAAGUAAUUGAUCCUGUCCGACCGAACUGCACAAAGUUUCUUAAGGAUGCCGACGGAAUGCUGAAAAGUGCGGUACUAGUGACGGAAAAUGUUGUUGGUUUAAAUGCGCCAUACAUUUUUAAACAUGGUGCGGCUUCAAAUUUAACAGAGGGUCUUGUCUGCUCUGAGGACUAUUCAAUCGCAGCUGGGUUAGAGGGCUAUAUAGUCCUUAUAGCUUCCCCUCCAGGAUGUGCUGAUGAUGAGACAUAUGCGAAACCCGGAGACAGUGGCUCCGUGAACUGCAUGCCCGAUGUCGAUAAAAAUAAAACCGUUAAGGUUGUGUCGAUGCUAAGUGGUGGGGGUUUAGAAUUGGCUGAGUUUGAUGAGCAGCUGUAUUUCUCGUUCCAGCUAAGUGUGGGCCUAGACACUUUAAGAGACAGGGAUGGCGGGAUAGAAUUAAACCUUCCGUCUACACACAGUGAUAGACCAAUGUUUUGAAUUUAAUUUGAUUAACAAGUUAUGAAGCUAUGAUGCGCUGUCAUGCUUAAAAAUGGAAACUACGUGUUAUAAAAAUACGAAAAAUGAAAAGAGUGUUGAAUAAAGGAGUUUCUAAAACUUGUUAAAUUCUUAAACUAUAGUAACUAAAACAGUAUUUAUGAUAACGAAACCUUCGGCGUUAGCUACAUUUUGACAUCUGGUGACGCCUCUGAAUAAACAAAACCAGUAUGAAUUAAAAAAUAAGUUUAAUUAACUUACAAAAAUGGAGCAACACUUAUUUAUUAUAUUUUGAAAUGACCAGACUGUUGCUGGCUAGUAAGCUGAUCUUGCUAUUUCUUCGCAUACUCGUGAUCCACAUCAGAAAAUACUCACGUGCAAUCUUUUAAAAAUAGUAUUAUAACGUAAAUUUGACAUGAAUGUUGAAACUAUGCCGGCGAGUGAAGUAUUAAGACUAAACAUUUAUGUAAAUAUGUCUAAAUGGACACUGUUCUCCUAAGAUGAAUUGAAAGGCGAAAGCUUAGAUUUAAAGAAAUAAAAUCUGGAAAGUAGAUCCCUUGGAAGCACCGAGAACAAGGCAAACAGUGAAAUUUUCAGACGCGGUUUGACCGAGUCUGUUCAAGAGUAGUAAUGGAAAAUGCAACACUGCCUACGUCCCCUAGCACCGGCUUAAGCAGUAUUCAAUCUUGGAAUCUAAAUGAGUUGAAAUCAAUGAUUCCGAAUGACUAGAAAAUAUAACAACACUGAGAUGAAUAAAAUCUGGAAAGUAGAUCCAUACAUCUUACGGCCGCCACACAUCACUUAGCACUCGCUGUUGUAAAGUAAAUAAAAUCUAGAAAGAAGAUCCCUCAGAAGCACCGAGAACAAUGCAAACAGAGUAAAUUGCAGACUCAGUUUAAUUAAGUCUGUUCGUGAGCAGAAAUGGAAAAUGCAACACUGCCCACGUCCCCUAGCACCUGCUUAAGCAGAAUUCAGUCUUCGAAUAAAAUGUCAGAAACAUAUGUGAAAAAUCCGAAUGCAGUUGACAAUCUAUAAAUUAAAGUAUUGAUAAAUUAUGAAUGUAGCACUGGCGUUUAAAACAGAAGAAAAUAACUUUAUGUAGA